AUCGGAGUAUCCCAAUUCGACCACAUUGUUCCCUGCACAGACAAUGGGACAGCUUGGAGAGUUGACUCACGGUUAUGCUGCUCCCUUCCCGCUAGUCCCACGCUCGCUCCAUUUCGAAAAGGUUGCUAACUUCAUGUUUUACCAUUCCGGGUCCUGAUGAAAUAAAAGUUGACACCAUCCCCUCACUGACUCUACACUGACUCACCCAAGCGACGGUGAGCAUCACACGCAAACACACGCCAUGUCUUCCUCCGACUGGUCGCCCGACUCCUGGCGGUCGAAACCCAUCAAGCAGGCGCCGGGCUACCCAGACGAGGCUGCGCUCAACAAGUCAGUCAAGGAGCUUUCACGUCUCCCGCCCAUCGUUCACCCCAAGGAGAUCGUCGCCCUGAAACAGCAUCUCCGCGAUGUGGCACUCGGCGAGGCCUUCCUGCUGCAGGGCGGUGACUGCGCCGAGCUCUUUGACUACUGCGAGCCCAACGCCAUUGAGUCCAAAAUCAAGCUGCUCUUGCAGAUGAGUCUGGUUCUCGUCUGGGGCGCCGACAAGCGCGUCGUGCGCAUUGGACGUAUGGCCGGUCAGUACGCGAAGCCGAGGUCGAGCCCGACUGAGAUGGUCAACGGGGUGGAGCUUCCGUCGUUCAGAGGAGACAUUCUCAACGGCUUCCAAGUCGAUGAACGCGACAUCGACCCUCAGAGACUCGUCAAGGCUUACCAAUACUCGUCCGCGACUCUUAACUACGUCAGAGCUUGCCUCUCGUCAGGCAUUGCGGAUCUCCACAGGCCGCUGGACUGGGGCCUAGGUCAUGUCCGGGAUCCUGAACUGAAGAGAAAGUACUCCGAGGCUGUCCUCUCCCUCACUGAUAUGCUUCGCUUCCUCCACACGAUCGGAGCCGACAGGAGUGACAAGCUCGACACUGUCGAUCUAUUCACGAGCCACGAGGGCCUGCUCCUAGAGUACGAGCAGCCGCUGACCCGCCUGCUGGAGACGCCGGCGCCGCGCCCCACUACUAACGGCGCCCGGAGCGGCGCCAACGGCAGCGCCAACGGCAACGGCAACGGCAGUGCCACCGCCGCCGAGACGAAGAAGGAGUAUUACGACACGUCGGCCCAUUUCCUCUGGAUCGGCGACCGCACGCGCCAGAUCGACGGCGCCCACGUUGAGUUCUUCCGCGGCAUCGCCAACCCUAUCGGCAUCAAGGUCGGCCCCACGACGCCGACGGAUGACCUGCUCGCGCUGCUGCGCACGCUCAACCCGGACUGCGAGCCUGGAAAAAUCACACUCAUCACGCGCUACGGAGCCGCCAAGGUGCGCUCGUUGCUGCCGGCACACAUCCGCGCCGUCGAGGACAGCGAGUACCAUCGCUGUGUCGUCUGGCAGUGCGAUCCCAUGCAUGGCAACACGUUGUCGACGGGCAGCGGCAUCAAAACGCGCCGCUUCCGCGACAUCUUUGAGGAGCUUCAGGAGACGCUGCGCAUACACAAGGAGCAGGGCAGCUACCUCGGCGGCGUGCACCUCGAGCUCACCGGCGACGCCGUCACCGAGUGUCUGGGUGGGAGCGAGGGCCUCGAUGAAGACGACCUGUCGACCAACUACACGAGCUUCUGCGACCCGAGACUAAACGAGAAGCAGGCGCUCGAGUUGGCUUUUCUGAUUGCGGAUCACUACAGGAACGAGAGGCGGCCGGUUUCGUGAGCGGGUUCUCUUUUCUUGUGUUCUUUUUUCUUUCUUUUUUUCCUGGGAUCACACACGGGCCGGUAUUGGAGGGUCGGGUCAUCGAAUCGGUCACUCAAAAGCAGUCGUCUAUAGAUGGAAAUUAUCUGACAUCUACCAUGAUAUUUGAUGGUGCUUGUGCCAGGUAACUAACGACGCAGGCUUUAACGGCAUUGUCACAGCGUACGCUUGGAGCAAGCCACAGUUCCCGGGUCUCUCUUGCAGGUAUUCGCUGGUUCUCGCUUGCUAGAUUGCUUU